CCUUAGUCUUGGGAGGAACUCAAAUGCGACCAGACCUCCUGUUCGUCUUGAAGUGAACAACCAAGAGGGAAAUACGAGGAUCCUGCCCCCUAGUGGUGGAUUCCUGCUCUGCACCCUUCCAGCUCAGCUUCAGAAGGCAAGAACACAAAGACAAGACAAGGCUACAUUGUCAGAUCCAGAAUCUCCUGUUCCAGAACCUCCAGAUCUUGCAGUAAAACUCAGGGAUCUUGGACUGGAUGAAACUUACUGGUUAAAGGUGUUUAUCUAUUAAUUAAAUAUUGUUAAUUUGACACCAAGUUCAAGUUUGACACCAUUGCAAUAUUUAAAUAAUACAGAGCAAAAAAAGAUUUAAAAACAUAUUCGCUUCACAUGGGGGAAAAAAACCCUUGAGGCAACUCAGUGAAAACUGACAACGAGCAAAUUGAAUCUUCUAAAAACAGACAAGAGGAAGUGAGACAAGGUUUAAAUAAUCUUUAAAAGUUGUCCACAGAAGGCAGAAACUGGAGCAGAUAUGUAUGUUGUUUCUGUUUCUGGAUUUCCUGAACUUGCCACAAACCUGCAACUAGCCAAGAAGAAACUGGAAGAUGCUCCAGGUGCAGGUAAUCCUGAAGUUCAAAAUGCCAAGGAAGAAACCACCAGAACUAUCACCCUGUCCUUGAAUGCAUUGUUAAAGACAUUUAGGAAGAGUAGUCAAGCAGAAGCAGAGUUGUUGAUUCUUACUAUAAUCAUGCUGUUGGGAUAUUGCAAGAAUUGUAAAAGAUUCAAUACCCUUCUGAGUUUGGAUGAAAUCAUCUUCCUUCAAGAUAAGCUUCAACUUGCGUACAAUCGAUUCUCAGAUCUGAAAGCAUCGAGUUUGGAAAAGGCACAGGCCUUCCUGUUUGUUACGGCUUUAACUGCAUCUACUGAUGAAGAUCUGGCUGUUACAUUCCAGGAGAAAAGUGAAAAACUACAGAUGAUUAAGACAAAGUUGAAAGAUAAAAUGUCACCCUCUAUUGAAUCAGCAAUUGAAGACACAGACCCCGACUUGAAAGAGCUUGAGAAAAAACUGAAUGCCAUUAUAGAUGGAACAGAACUCAUUGACAGUGGUGUCAAGCCAGAGGAAGUUAUAAAAGAUUUACUCCUGAAACCAGAUGGAUCUUCCUGGGAAGUUCGUGAAGAUGAGAAGACGGAACCAAGAAAGAAAACAACCAGAUGUAUGAAUUUACUCCAGAAACUGGGUCUAAGUGACAUGCUCCCCAAACGCAUGCAACAAAGUGAUGUUCUAGUGAUAGAUGCUUUAUCUCAGGAAGUUAAACCACCUCAAACAGAAAAUGAGCUGAGCUCUCAGUAUCUGUACAAACUGAUGAUGUUGGAUUAUAGGGCUAGAUUUCUGUCCUGCAAACCUGAACCGACUACCAUAGCUUCAGAGAACGUUGUUUUUGUUCAUGACGAUGAUGCUUUUUUUAACUUUGGCAAGGAAACCAUCCAAGAAGUACACAGUGAAGAGCAACACAUUUACCCGAUGGAUAUUCACAUGGCAGUUUUCCACUGUGCUGAUGAUUUUUUGAGGCAGUACAUAUUUUCAAAACUCUCCAGUUGCCAGUUUGGCCUGCCCCUGCUGGUACCUAAUCCCUUUACACAGGAAACUGAAUUCCCUCUCUGGGCCCUUCGGAACAUCAAGAAGUCAUGGCAAAGUAAAUCUAAAACAGACAGCCCUGGUAAAUACCAGAGCAGACACAUGUUUAAUACACCAGUGCCAGUUGUAUCCUUCAUCAGAUUGGGAGAGUCGUCCAUUUCCAAGUCCCAGAUCUUGAACAGUGUCAUUAGCAAACAAAAGCACAAUGUGUUUUUCCAUCGUCAUUGCAAAGGCAGCACCCGAGACUGUCUCCUCAUGGACGGAGUUGUGGAGAUCGCCUGGUACUGUCCAGCGGGGAAGGAAGAUGAUGUUUUCGACGAUUGUGUGGCUUUUCUGAACCUUCAUGGUGAUGCCAGAGACCAUCCACAGCAACUUGAAUUCAUGCAGUCAGUGAGCACUGUGAAUGUUGUUCUACUUUCAGAACAUCCCUUAGAUGAAAAAAACAAAGACAUUUCCAAGAAUCUUUUCAAGUCUCCUGUCCCUCUGAUUGUCCUUUUCUCCGGACAGGAAAAAUGUCCGACUUUAGAAAACCCAACAAAGGUGAGAUUAGCUGCCAAAAACAGGAACGAGGCUGAGCUGAACAAAGAAAUAAUAUCACACAUCCAACACUGUGUCAACACGUACGAAAAGAAGACAAGCAUUGAACUAUUUUGUGACGAAGCAAGAAAACAUGAGUUUAAAGUUGACGAAGACAAGGAAUCCUGCAGAGAUGGUCGUGAACAAGCCGAGGAUUUGAUGUCCCUGUUGAGGGAGGAAAGAUCAUCAAGUCUCAAGGAGAAACUUUUACCUCUCCAAGGAAAGCUGUGGCAUGAUUGGUGCCAGAAAGAUAAGGAUCAGUAUCGUCUGCAAUGCAAAAGACAGAAUGGUUUGGAAAGUCAGUUGGACGCCAUCAAGCAUGAGAAGGCCUCUAUUCGAAAGGCACAGCUUGAGGCAGCUUCACCAACCAAUGAUUUCAUGAAGUCAUUUAUAAACUGUUUAACAUCCCCACAUCAUUCACAAGAGACACAAUUAUACAUGCUGCAGUGGCUGAGAAUGUUCCUGGAUGAAUUCAACUUGGAUGCACUUUCAGGACUUGAGGAAGAGUACCGCUCAACAUGGGAAACAUUUAAAUGUGGCCCCAAGUCUGGAGGAAGAUCGACCAACAAGGAUGAAGGAGGAUCAACUGACACAGAUCCGCUGCUAACGAAAUUGAACACGAUAUCUGACAAAAUGACUGCUACCACCAUUGAACUUCAGCACAUCAUGAGAGAAACAAGCCAGAUGUAUGAAGUUUUCAAGCCUACAAUUAAACCUCAGAUGGAGACAUAUGAACUUAUAGAGGCUCUUCCUGCAAUAGGAGCUGAGAUGCUGAUGUCUGGGUUGCCACUAGAGCUGAUGGAUGGAGAUGCGGCCCACGUGCCUCUGUUGUGGAUUCAGGCUGUCCUGGACCGUCUUACUGAAACACUUGGAGACAAGAAGGUGUUUGUGCUGUCGGUUCUUGGACUGCAGAGCUCUGGGAAGUCCACACUACUGAAUGCCAUGUUUGGUCUUCAGUUCACCGUGAGCGCAGGCAGGUGCACAAGAGGAGCCUUCAUGCAGCUAAUCAAGGUGGACCCGGCCUUAGUGGACCAGCUGAAGUACGAGUAUGUUCUGGUGUUGGACACAGAGGGCCUGAGAUCACCUGAGCUCAGUACUAAUACAUCCCUCAGUCAUGACAAUGAACUGGCAACUUUUAUCAUCGGAAUAGGUGACAUCACCAUCAUAAACAUCAUGGGCGAAAACCCAUCUGAAAUGCACGACAUCCUGCAGAUUUGUGUCCAGGCAUUCUUGAGGAUGAAACAAGUUAAAAUCACACCAAGCUGCAUCUUUGUGCACCAGAAUGUUGCAGAGGCCUCAGCCGGCGAGAAAAACAUGGAGGGAAGAAUAAAUCUCCUGGGGAAAUUAGAUGCUAUGGCUGUAACUGCAGCAAAAGAGGAGCAACUUGACUCUGUCACUGGCUUUAGUGAUAUAAUCCAGUUUGAUGUAAAGACUCAAGUAUUCUACUUCCAGGGGCUUCUAGAGGGAGACCCCCCGAUGGCCCCUCCCAACCCCUCCUACAGCCAGAACGUUCAGCAGCUGAAGAACAAGGUGCUCUCCAUCGCACAGUGGAGGUCAGGCAGUCGAUUUUCCACAUUAUCUGAAGUAAAAGGUCGGAUUGGGGACCUAUGGGAUGGUCUUUUGAAGGAAAACUUUGUGUUCAGCUUCAGAAAUACACUUGAAAUUAUGGUUUACAGUGAUUUGGGAAAAAAGGUUUCUGAAUGGUCCUGGAAACUGAGAAAACAUGCCCUGGAAAAAGAGAACGAGUUGCACAACCAACUUCAAAGCAACAUCAUCGAGGACGUGAAUCACAAAGAUCUGUGUGUUGAUGUUGAUCAAGUUUACAAUCCCUUGAAAGAGGAAAUAGACACAUACUUUAAGGAAAACAAAAACUCAGAAAUCCUUAUACAAUGGAAAGUAACCAUUGACAAGCGGUUGAAAAAUCUGAACGGGGAGCUCAUUCAAGACAUCCUAAAGAAAUGCAAAGAUGUCAUCACAAUCAGGAAAAGCAGAUCAGAACUUGACCAAAGAAAUUCUGAUUAUGAGGCAGAAUUGCUCAAAAUGAGCAAAAACUUGGCAUCCAAACUAAAAGACCAGAGGCUUACCGACCAGGACGUGGAGGAGCAGUUUAACUCAAUCUGGACGGACUGGAUCAUCAGAGUGGCAAAUGAAAAACCUCCAGAGAAACGUGUUAAUGUUACAGCUGCAGUGGAAGAAGUCUUACAAACUCAUUUUUCUAAUCAGAAUGACAUCAUUGGCAAUAUUAGAAGUGAAAGGGGCCCAUUUAUGUUGCAUGUUAAACGACACGUAAAUCUAUUGUGGUGGAUGUUACGGAAUAAAAGGCAUCCGUUACACAGAAAUAUAGUUUACUGUAUGAGUAAGUGUACACAACAAGUGACAAACAGUGUCAACAGAUAUAUCACUGGGAAAGAAGCUGAAGGUAGAGAUUUCAAUGACAGCUUUAUUCAUGAAAUAUUAAGCAUCAUAAAAAGUGAGAUUAACAGUUUCACAGAGUCCAAUCAGUUUAAAUCCACAAAAGAAUACCUAACUGACCUGUCUGUUCAUCUGUGCAUCAAAGCAGUUCCAACAUUUGAUAGGAUGCAUUCAUCGUUCAGGAAAACAGUAGAUCCUCUAACAUACUUGAAAAGCAAACAAGAUCAGUACCUUCAGAUGUUCAAGAACUUUUGCAAAGGAGCAAACUCCAUCACCAUUUUUGCUGAUUUCCUCUGUAAACAGCUGGAACCAGCAACCAAACAGCAAAUGAAUCAGAAAACCAGUUUUCAGAUUUGUGAUUCAUUAAGAUACAACCAUCCAGCCUUUAAUGGAAACAGAUCAAACCUUGAGAAUCACAUGCUGAAACAUCUUGCAAAAAAGAAAAGCUUUGAAGACUUUGUGGAAUACAUUGACCAACCAAAGACCUAUUUUGAAAAAUUCAUCCAAGAACACGUGGAGACAUUUUGUACAAAUGACAAAAUGACAAACCUGCUUGUUGAAAACCUACAUUUCCUGGAAAGUGUGGUUUUAACAGUGAAUACAGAUGUAACAGCAGAAGUGGUUACACAACGUGGUGAUGCCAAAACAUGGCUUGACAGUUUCUGUAAGAAACUUGGAACACACAUGGUGAUAAAAAGAGAAGAUCUGAAAAGCAUUGAAAAUGAAGAUAUUCAGAACCUGACAGAACUCAAAAAGAUGAUGGCAAAAUGUCUUAAUGAGAUGGUGGAGAAGAUGAAAGAACAAGAAGAGCAGAAUUCAGGAAAAGAGUCUUUUACAACUUUGAAAAGCCAAGCCACCAAGCACAUGUUAGAUCAUCAUAAAGGAUGUUGGGCCCAGUGCCCAUUCUGCAGAGCCACCUGCACAAACACCAUCCCUGACCAUGAUAGUGAUCACAGUGUUGUGUUUCAUCGCCCUGAAGCUCUAUCUGGCAAGUCUUGGAAAGAUACUGAUUAUUUUACUACUGCUCAUUUUUCUAUUGAGUUCUGCACCACAUCUGUAAGCAGUAAUGCUUCAUUCAGAUGUCAGACUGGUAUUUGGCCCUACAAGAAAUACAGAAAAGCUGGUAAACCUUAUAAUCAAUGGAGCAUCACUGCAGAUGGUAGCAAUCAGAGUUACUGGAAAUGGUUCCUUUGUACAUUUCAGUCUCAGUGGGAGAAAAGUAACAGAUUAAGAUUUGCUGGUUUAGGUGAAAUCCCUCAGAGCUGGAGACAGAUCACCAGAGAAUCAGUACUGGAAGAACUCAAGUAACUGUCCCAGCAAAUAUAGGACAAACCAUGACCAUGAAAUUCAUCAAACUAUUAUAACUACUUUUAAUUAAUCACUUGUAAGAGUUACUUGAAAGAACUCAAGUAACUGUCCCAGCAAAUAUAGGACAAACUAUAUUUAAUUACUCACUUGUAAUUAAUCCCUUUAUUGUUAUGAUUAUCAAACUGUGCACAGAAGGCCAUGAAGGGAGAACAUUUGUGUCUGUCCACCAGAGAAUCAUUUUCAUAUCACAGUUUGAAGCAUGAAAUGGGUCAAUAGAUGGACGUUGUUGUAAUGAAAUUCAGUUUAUAUUGUGAGAUUACUUUGAACCACCAGUGGUCAGGAAUACAUGACUGGACAUCUCUGAUAACUAGGAAGACGUGAAGAGAUGUAAAGGCCCUGUUGUUGAGCUGAGAUGUGGUGACUUUGCACUGUGCCUGGUAAAUACAGAUCAGUCCUUGACUCUGAUCACCUAAAUAAUGUUAUAAAUCUGCACUUCUGAUCCUUGAUCUUCUGCUGUACUUUCUAUAUUAACUGUUUGUAUUCUAGCUUUGGAUAAGUGUCUGCUAAAUGAAUACCAUGAUGUAAAUGUUUGGAUUUGGAACAAAAAGUAAACCUGUAACUAAACGUAGAGAUGUGUGUUUGCUGUGAACAAUGUACCUUGAAGUCUCAGAGAAGGGGGUCCGACCACAGAAAGAUGAUAUUAUAUUACAUAAUUUAUAUCUAUGAGGAUAAACGUAAAGAGACAUAGAUGAUGUCUGCCAUUUUGUAUGAAUAUUAUAUGUUGGUCACACAUGUAGGAAUGUGCUAGAAAAGUUUAUGCUACUGCAAUAUUAUCUUAUAUCCAAACAUUAUUAGUCUAUAGAGAUCAGAGUAACACAAAGACAGUUGUAAUCCAUUAAAAUUCCUCUGUGUUAAUUGAAACUGAAUAUCCAGCUCUCUGAAGAGAGAACCUUGUAUAGUUUAUCUUCCUACAGCCUUAUUGGUAAUACUUAUGACUUGUUGACACAAUGAUUGUCCUUCUUGGAUAAAUAACUAAAUCCUUAUUAUGAUUUUAUGUAUGAAUUCUGUGAGAAACUGAUGCAACACAUGGAAUUAAACACA